CAUAACUAAAAUAGAUUGUCAUCUAUGAAAAUCGAUUGUUAUAUAAGAAUUUUGUUUUCAAUGUACUUCUAAUUAGAUUACUUCUUUUCGAGUCCGCAAUUUUGACCAAAUGCAUUAUUUCUAGUUUCUACACACUCGGUUUUGACCAGGCACCUAACAUAAAAGACAACGACGCUGUAACCUUCCCCCAAAGCGGUUGGCUCUCGACAGCGCCACGAUACCAUAAAUAAAAGCUCUCUUUUUCCCAAAUCUUAAUCUCUUUCCACCUGAAAAAUUAACCAACCAACUUAUUUCAAUCGAAAACGGGUAUCGAGAUUUUGUGUAGUGAUCUAUUGGAAAAUUCCAUCGUCAUUGAUUUUGAUUUCGGAAGGGAUUGUUUACGAGUUAGGGUUUAAUUGCUCUUUGAUUUCUGGGCUUUUCAUUCCUUUUAUUCUUUGUUACAUUUGAACAUAAAUCUUUGCUCCCAAAUCGGUACAUUCGUUUUUGUCAAAGAGACCGUGGAGAGCUAUGUCGUCGCAUUUCGAACGGUGGGAGAAAGAUCCGUUCUUUUCUGCUGCUGAAGAAGUUCAGGAAUCUGCUGACAGAAUGGAAUCAACAUACAGAACACUGAUUCACGCUUUGAAAGAACCAUCUGCUUGGAAAACAGAAGAACUUCGAAGGGAUUUACGCACUGCCCAUGGCACUGCUAAAUGGCAGUUGGAAGAGUUUGAAAAGGCAGUUGAACAGAGUUACAUCAAAUCUUCUACAGAAGAUGCUAAAACCCGACACCGUGAAUUUAUCAAAGCAAUCGAUUGUCAAAUUUCAAAAGCUUCAAAAGCAUUAGAUGAAUCAGCUAUUCCCACAGGAAAACCACCUCGCCCAUGGAUACGCCUCAAUGAAGGAGAAACCGAAGAACUAGCAUCAUUCCUUUCAGGGUCAAAGUCAAACGUUGACCAAAAACAGAAACAAAAGCUUCCUUCAAAAGUACAAUGUCUUAAUGAAAAAAAUGAGAAGAAAGUUUCAGGGCAUAGAAGAACAGCAAGUGCUGGUGCUGACAUUGGUGGUGCCUGGAAUAUUGUGGUGGAUGAUGAUGGUGGAAAACCAGAAGAGCCUCCAAGAAAGAUACCCAGUUUUUCAGGGUUUUUAAAUGCCAUGGAUUCUGCAGCAAAAUUACAGUGGUCAAAAAAUGGUUAUAGGAAACUGAAGCUUAUUGAUAAUCGACAUGAAGCUGAUGUUAAAUUGUCUGAGAUUCAACCUUUGAGCAAAGGUAUUAAUGCAUGUUAUGAAAGGAGUAAGAGUUGCCUUGAGAAUGGUGAUGAUUGUUAUCAAAAGCAACUUUACGGGUGGUAUGGUGGUAUUCAAAGACAACUUCAAAGGUCACAAUAUUAUGUGCAAUAUAGUCGCCCUACUCAAAUCAUAUUUUGGAUACUUGUCCUCAUUUUCAUUUUUGCAAUAGUGACAGUGAAUGUGAUAUGAAACUGGAGCUUUAGUCUUAAUUGCAGAAGAUUACAAGAUACCCAAAAAGGGUGUCUUGGAGUAUUGGACAUGUUUAAGUGAUAAAUUUUUUUACCGAAUUAUAACAUUGUAUUUGACCUUCAUCAGCAAUGGUUGUCAAUUGUCAUAGAAAACCAUGUUUUUAGGCGAGUUUUGCAAGUUUAUUUUCAGAUAUGGAUUUGUACAUAUAUCAAUGCUUCUUUUAUGUAAAACAAAAAUUGUAAAUCUUUAGGGUCAACAUGUAUGCUUUUGUAGUUGUAGUUGCAGUUGAAACAUUCAUCCCACUUUAAAACAGUCUGUAGAAUGUUUAGGCAUGUAUUUCUUGGAAUAUUGGAUAUGUGUAUUCUUAUCAUUGUUGUACUUGUGCAUGU